AUGUCGCGCCCCGAAGACAUCCUACCCCCCGACCUCUUCUACAAUGACUCCGAAUCGCGGAAAUAUACAACCUCGUCGCGAAUCCAAAAGAUCCAAUCUACCAUGACCCACCGCGCCCUCUCUCUCCUCGCGCUUUCCUCGCCCUCCAUGAUCCUCGACAUUGGCUGUGGCUCCGGUCUCAGCGGUGAAAUCCUCUCGCAAACCGCUGAGCAAGGUACGCCAGGUGGUCCACACGUAUGGAUUGGUUUUGACAUCAGCGCAUCCAUGCUGGGUGUUGCGCUAGAAAAAGAGGUAGAGGGAGAUCUGCUGCUGGCGGAUGCAGGGCAAGGAGUACCGUUCAGACCAGGAACCUUCGAUGCGGCGAUUAGUAUUAGUGCUGUACAAUGGCUUUGCAACGCCGAGACGAGCGAGGACAGUCCUGCGGGCAGAUUAUCGAGGUUCUUCAACCAGCUUUACGCGAGUCUGAAGAGAGGAGGGAGGGCAGUUUGUCAGUUCUACCCAAAGAACGAUGGGCAGAAGAAGAUGGUAGCGCAGGCAGCGAUCAAGGCCGGUUUCGGUGCGGGUCUUCUGGAGGAUGACAUGGGAACCAAGAGCGCAAAGACGUAUCUUGUCCUGACUGUGGGCGGAGGAGCGCUGGAUGGCGAUAUCACGGGUGUUGUGAGGGGUAUGGAGGGCGUGGACGUCGACGAUGCACGAAGGAAGGGAAAGGGUAUGAAGAGGGGCGAGGAGCGCAAGGGCAGCAAGGCGUACAUCAUGAAGAAGAAAGAGCAGAUGGAGAGGCAAGGCAAGGUUGUCAAGGCGUCGUCCAAGUACACUGGCAGGAAGAGGAGGAUCCAAUUCUAG